AUGCCGGAAAUCAGAUCCAAUUACAGCUAUCGAGUUUAUUAUUACAUAAGGGCCUAUCUUCACGGUGACGUGGAAGCUGAAGAAGUUCUCAAACCAUUUGACGAAAUGAAACAAGCUUUGAUCAAAAGAAACUCUGAACACUUGGCAGAAGUGCUUAUACAGGAAGGUAUGGAUAUGAUUGUUUCAGGCCAGGUAGGACUAGGUUCGGAGCCCAUGUCCAGCUUGGCUGAAUUCACGCUUCUAUUUGACGAAUUACUCCAAUACCGUGCGUGUGAACUUGCAACCCUCAUGAUUGCUUGGGAAAUUCAAUGGAAAACUUUCAGAUCACACAGCGAAAAUGGAACGCAUGAUUUGGCCACAAAGUGGACUCUAUUCUCGCUUACCCAUACACUCCCAUUACCCUACUCGGUUUACCCCAUGGAAAACGUAAGGGAGAGGAUCUUGAUAAAGGCUAUAGAGGCGGAUUUCAAAGCUUUUGGUGUCGAAGGACUUGACCUUAGACUGAUUGCUCAUAAGGGAAUAAAGGAUUGUGGCAUUAUGCGGUACAGCUUCAUUGAGUAUGCGAGAAAAUCGAAAUUGUUUAUUGAGUCACAAAAAGACAAGAAGAUGGAGAAUAAGGAUAAAAACUUGAGAUGCCACUUUUGUAAGGAAAUGGGUCACAAAAAGAUUGAUUGCUUUGAAUUGAGGAGGCAAGAGGAGCUGGAUUCCAAUGAGCCACUGGCUAAGAGACAGAAGACCAGUGAUGAAUUUGAUGAAGAUUAA